UCUGGGCCCCAUCAUCACCCGGCGCCGGGCCCUCCUUCCUGCCACCCCCCUUUCUCCUCCCUCCUUCCUUCCCUCCCUUCCUCCCUCUCUCCCUCCCUCCCAGCUCCUGCACCAGGAAACGGCCCGGAUCCCGGCCGCGGCCUGACCCGGCGCCACGCUGGCCGGGAGGAUGAAAGGCCCCAGCUGGGGGCUCCUUGCCACCGGUGCUGGGUCCUAAGCGCUGCCAUCCAGGCUGGCCGCCCGGAUGGCGACCCCAGCCUCAGCCCCAGACACACGGGCUCUGGUGGCCGACUUUGUAGGCUACAAGCUGAGGCAGAAGGGUUAUGUCUGUGGGGCUGGCCCUGGAGAGGGCCCGGCAGCUAACCCGCUGCACCAAGCCAUGCGGGCAGCCGGAGAUGAGUUCGAGACCCGCUUCCGGCAAAACUUCUCCGACCUGGCCGCUCAGUUGCAUGUGACCCCAGGCUCAGCACAGCAGAGCUUCACCCAGGUCUGCGAUGAACUUUUCCAAAGGGGUCCCAACUGGGGCCGCGUGGUGGCCUUCUUUGCCUUUGGGGCCGCACUGUGUGCUGAGAGCGUCAACAAGGAGAUGGAGCCCCUGGUGGGACAAGUGCAGGAGUGGAUGGUGACCUACCUGGAGACGCAGCUGGCCGGCUGGAUCCACAGCACCGGGGGCUGGGCGGAGUUCACAGCUCUGUACGGGGAUCGGGCCCUGGAGGAGGCGCGGCGUCUGCGGGAGGGGACCUGGGCGUCAGUGAGGACAGUGCUGACGGGGGCCGUGGCACUGGGGGCCCUGGUAACUGUAGGGGCCUUUUUUGCUAGCAAAUGAGAAUGUCCGGGGCCAGGUGGGGCCAGGUGUGGCUGGGGGCCAAGAGAGCAGGAACAGGACCGAGAAACACCCUUGGAGGAAGUGGGGUGAAUGGAUCGACGUGGGAUGGGCAGGGGCAGGAUGGUGCGUGAGGGAGCUGAGGAGGCUGGGCAGAUGGAAGCGUGGGCUGGAGACAGUGGGGAAGGUUUGGGGAUGGUCGUGGGCCAGGAGAUGGAGUGAUUCCAGGGUAGGGGAGCUGGGAGGGAUUAUACUGGAGGUGUGCACACAGGCAGCUACCUGGAGCUUGGCUUGCAGCCCUGAGCAAAGUAGACUCGUCUAAGGAGUUGUGUCUCCAUUGGAUGAGUGGCAUUUGGGGAACAUAGCAGGCACAUCCCUUUGGAAUGGAAGCUUCGGGUUCUCAGGUGUCCGGUAGAGGUGGCUGGGAUCCCGGGCUGCUUGGACAUGUGUGUGCAUGUGCACGUGUGCGCAUGUGCACGCUGGGCUUGCUUGUGUCCUCUGAUGGUGGUGGGAUUCUUCAAGAAGAAAACAUUCCCUCUUGCAAGAAAGGGGCAGGCGGAGGGGAAGCAAUUCUCAGUCCCUCCUCUGGUCCUCCUUUCCGCCCUCCUCUUGUUCUGAUGUCUCAAGGCCAAGGGAGAAGAAACACUGUAUCCAGAGGGAAGGCUCUGACUGGUCUCUGCAGAAAGUCCUUGGCCGGGCUGGGCAGGAGAGAGCAGCUCUGCAGCCGACCUUGUUCUUUCAUCAUCCCCCUUGGUUGUGCAUCGCACUGGGCUCUGAGCAAAGGGCAGGGCUGUGGAGCCUGGGGGAGGGGAGGGUUUCAGUAGCUGGACCUGCCUGCUACUGUCCCCUCUCUCUGGGGCACAGUAGUGCCUGUAGUGGUCUCUGUCUCUGGGACCCCGAACCCAAAUUUCAACUCCAAAUUGGGGCUCUGAUUUUUCUUUCUGAGGAUUUGGACAGAAAUGCUGAUCUGGAAUACAGUCUGGGUCCCAUGCUGUGUCUCACCAGGACUGCUGACGCCUCAAGGGGGCCAUUCCAGCUCUGAACCCCGUGGGUAGGAGGGUGACAGGGACUCGGUGACUGGCCUCGUCUGUGUGGUGGGCUCUGUGGCUGCUGCUUGAGCAGGGCCAGGUGUGUGGGUUCUAGGGCAGCCACCAGGACCGAGAAGCGUUUGUUUUCCUGGAAGCCAGGCUAUUUGCAUGGGUGUUCCUUGUCUGAAGCUCAGAUCUGAGGAUGCUCACUUCAGAAGUCCCAGUCCUCGGGAACAGAUUCAGAUUAUAGGGGUUUUGUUUGUUUGUUUUUGUUUUUGUUUUUUAUUUUUUUAUUUUUGGCUUUUUGAGAAAGGAACUAUUCACUCCAGCUGCAUGCCCUGAGCCAGACCUCACUGCUGCACUUUCGGUGGUGCUAGAAUCGCUGCUCUCCAAUGCUGGCUUCAGACACAGUGUAUCAGAGCCCUGCCCGUGACCCUGAGCUCUGAGGGGCUUAGCUAGACCACGGUUGACUCAUCUUGGAGAGUCUCACUUGGUCCCAGAAUGUGGCGACAGAGUUGUACCCGCUAGAAUGUGGGACCAAAUCGGCCUCAGGUGUUUACUCCAGACUUUUGAUUCUGAGGGCUGCACUUUCAAUGGUGUUUCUAGGGGAGGUGGUCGACUGCACGUGCCACUUGAUCUGUUGUGAGUCUGCUGGUCCCAGAAGCUCAGAGCUGGUCUGUGGCGAGCAGGUGGGGUGGGGUGGGGGUGGGGUCUCUGACUUGCUCAGGACAGACUAGGCCAGUGGUUUUCAAACUGCUUGGCAGAGUCUUGAAGUGUCCUAGGGGUUGCCUCAGGAGUCCGUGAGGAGAGCAAGGAGGUGGGGGGGCUGAGCAGGCUGUGCAAUUUGCCCUCAAACAGAACAGCUCCCCUUGUAGCUGUCUUACGUAUCGGGGUUCAGGGUAAGAUUUUAUUUGCAUUAAGGGGUUUGCUGCUGAAAGAAAAGAAGAAAGUUGGAAAACCACUGGCUAGACCAUGGGUUCCAAAUCAGAGUCUGUGCUCCCCCAGGUUUGGGGCAGACCCUCCUGCCCCACUGCAGGACGCCUAGCCCCUUCGCAUCGCUGGGGACCUUGUAGCAAGCAGCAGCAGCAGGGACCACAGUCAGGUUACCCAAAAUGUCCUGCUCCGAGGCCCUCAUGUGCGGGUGGAUGGAGUGGCCGAGGGCUCGGUCUGGAUUCCCAGAAGCAGGGGCCGAGCGGGGCCACAGCGGGCAGUUUUGACCCGUCCUGCCCGUCCUAGCGUGAGGGCAAUGGGAACCCCAGAGACUUCUGUCAGGGAAAACCAGGGACUCGUCUAGAGCCAUAUCGUUGCUUGGGAUUCGCUCUUGGCCAAGAAGGCUGAGUAUGGCUCCCCAUUUUUAAAUCCAUUUCUUUUUUUUUUUUAAUAAGGGAAAUCAAUGUAAUUGCCAUUUUUUCAAAGAUGAAAAAGAUAAAGAGGGUUUUUCUUGCUCUCCAGAGCCUGGAGGGACAAAUAGGGAUUUUGCGUAGGCCAGGGAAGGAACGCGAGCAGGGCGCUGGGUGCUGCGAUGACUGAUCCCACUCUCCACUUACUCUAGGGCACACACACACUAUUUUACUUUUUUAAAUCAUCAGACGGCAGGAGAACAGAUUUGGUUAGUUUAGAAGAAGAGAAAAAGCUCUAUAAAUAUAAAGAUAUAUUCCUGUAUUUUUAUUUAAUAAUUUAUAAAUACCAAGUUCAUUUGACUUUUAUUUUUGUGUAAUAUGUAAUGAUCGUAUUAAAAAAAUAAAUAAAUAAAGCCCAGAAGUUUAAUGAGAAAAGGA